CAAACAUACCAUCAGAUCUGACAUGAGACAUCUGAGUAGGCCUAUAUAUCAGUGGAUAGACUGAAGCCAGAGCAUUUUAAAUUUUAUCUUCGUACCGCAAACACCUUACUUGGAUUAACACUGAAUAUCAACAAAAUGUCGUUACAAAACAUGGAGUGUGGUCAUACAACUAAAGAAAAGAAAGCUUCCCUUCGAAAGAGCAACAAGCCAAUCAUGGAAAAGAAAAGGAGGGCAAGAAUCAACAGUUGUUUAUCCCAACUGAAGACAUUGGUGCUUGAAGCUAUGCGAAAAGAUAGUUCUCAAUAUUCUAAAUUGGAGAAAGCCGACAUAUUGGAAAUGACAGUGAAGCAUCUUAGGAAUCUUCAAAGGCAGCAGAUGUCAACAGCUUUAGCUUCAGACCCCAAUGUUGUGUCAAAAUACCGUGCAGGAUUUAAAGAAUGCGCGGGAGAAGUUGUGAAGUACUUAAAUACAUCACAGAGCGUCAAUGAUGACAUGCGCUCUAGAAUCAUGAACCAUUUAUCUGGAGUCGUCCCAUCUGUGAAUACACAUGCUCAGUCUCAACAUUCAACAGCAGCAACAACAACAUGUGACACCAGUACAACUAACACCUGUGUCACAACCUCAGGUGGUUCAUCCUCAGCCACAGCAUCAGACCAUGCAGCCACUAAGUGUUCAGAUUCCUACACAACAGCACGCGCAGAACAAUAGCUUCAGUAGCAAUAGUAGUACCAGCAGCUUUAGCAUGACAUCCUCACCUGUGAAACAGAACACGUGUCUGCUUAUGCCUGGUAGCGUGUCCCAACAACAACCCAACCAACAACAGCACGUGCUGAAUCAAUCAUCUCCUACAUUCGUGAACAUUGCUACUCCAGUUAACACGGACAAUAAAACACAACUUUCUGGUUCCUUUCAAAUUCUUCCAGGGAACCUUUACAAUGGUCCUGUGGCGGUUUAUGUUGGACCCGUAAAUGACAAUCAGAGUUCAUCGUCAACCACAGCUCUCCCAGUGUUCACAGUACAGGUGCCAUCACAGCAAUCUAACACAUCAUCUCCAACCAAAAAUAAGGAAAAUGUUUACUCUAAAGACAAUCAGGAAUAUUCCUUAAUGUCAAAACAGGAACAAUUAUUAAACAUGGGACAUGUCGAUUGCCACGACUCAAACGUGUACAACGAAAGGUUAUGGAGGCCUUGGUGAACCAUGGUGUGUUGUGAAUGAAACUUGAUGUAUAAUGCUAUGACUAACUCAGGGCUUACCAAAGUGCUUCCAUAGGACGUUAUGUGAGAGACUUGUGUGAUAAUCGAGGAACUAUUCCAAACAUUACUGGGAAUAGCUACUAUAUCUGAUACUAGUGCUAUUCUUUAUUGUUCUACUUGUUGAAUUUUGAAUAUUUUUAUUCCAUUUAUUAAAUUUGUUAUUUAAAUGAU